AUGGAUCGAAGACGACGUCCAUUAGGCAGCAGCUAUUCAGUAGGGCAGGAAAUAUUUGAAAUGUUGAGGAAGUUAGGCGUCCUAAUAUUCAAAAAUGUUCUCAAAGUCAGGGUUCCUGGCAUCAGUAAGCUCUUCAAAACCAGCGAUGAGAUCGAAUCGGACAAACUUGAGAAAGGAAUCAAUGCCUCCAUAAUAGAGAUGGUUAAGAAAAGAGAAAAGAAGACAAUGACUGGAGAAAACGACAGCUUUGGGAGUGAUUUUCUUGGAUUACUUCUGAAGGCUAAUCAUGAAGCGAAUGAGAACCAGAGGAUUUUGGUGCAGGAGAUAAUUGAUGAGUGCAAGACGUUUUACUUUGUCGGACAAGAAACCGCUAAUACUUUGCUUGCUUGGACUGUCUUUCUUCUGACACUCCAUACGGAUUGGCAAGAGGAGGCAAGAAAGGAGGUGUUACAAUUAUUUGGCAAACAAACUCCAAAUGUUGAUGGCAUUGGCAAACUGACAACAAUGAGUAUGAUCAUCAAUGAGUCUCUAAGGUUAUAUCCCCCUGGUGUUCACAUUGUAAGGAGAGUCGAAAGGGAAGUUAGACUAGGAAAGCUGAUUGUUCCUAGUAAUCUUGAAUUGGAUGUCUCAAUCCUAGCACUUCACCAUGAUCCUCAAAUCUGGGGACAAGAUGUGCAACUUUUCAAACCAGAGAGAUUCUCGGAAGGGGUUGCCAAAGCAACCAACAAUCAUGUAGGUGCAUUCAUACCCUUUUCAAUGGGACCUCAAAUUUGUGUGGGCUUAAACUUUGCGACAACAAAAGUGAAGAUUGCUUUGUCAAUGAUUCUACAACGUUAUGCCUUCACCCUUUCCCCGGGUUAUGUCCACUCGCCCUUACAUCUUCUUACAGUUCGUCCGCAACAUGGAAUACAGGUAAGGCUACAACCACUUUGAACUGCGAAGAUCAGAUCAGUAGCCCAUGAUUCUUGUACUUGGUGCAUAAAGUGGGCAUAACCCAUGUUUUGCCUAUGAAUGUUGCACUUUGAGACAAGACAGACAAGAGCUUACUUGUCAAUUAUCCUUUAAGUUUACAAAGCGAUUGUUCUCUUUAGUUUUGUAGUAUUUUGCUGAGUCCAAAGUUUUCCUGUUUGUUUUUGUUUUUUUGGGUAGAAUGAAAUCUUAUGCUUACAGUU